ACGAUAAUAACGUUGUCACAUCAUGAUGGAGAUAAGGGAAGACACGAUAGAAAAUCAAUGACAAGACAGGAACUACAGGCCUACAAGUAGGCGAUCUUCAAGACUGCGGCGUUCGAUAUUGCACCAUCUAAUGGUUUGUAGUUGAUGAGUUGACACAAGCUAGAAACAUCAGGCCAUUUGUGGAACAUCUCUUGACGUUCACGCAGGCCAGUGGUAGCACGUGUGGUAUGCAUUAUUAUAACACUGUCGUAUCAUAAUUCAUUUUGUGGCCCUUCAGCUUCUAGGGAUUUAUCAUGAGUGAUUCCGCACGAAGACUCGUCCAGGAGUUCGACCAAUAUGUGAUGAACCAUAUCCCAAUCCGCCUCAUACGCCUAUCAGAUAUGGCGUUCGUGGGGCGUGAUGAUGUGAGGAAGCACUUCAGGAGCUCUGUUCCUCACACGGAUCCUUUCGGGGUUUAUAAGCCCUCCCGGCUUGUCAAAUAUGCCAUUCUAUCUCACCGAUGGCUGGAUUCGGGAGAGCCAACGUACGAAGACAUGAAGGCGGGCAAAGCAACAGGUCCGGGAUAUGAGAAGCUGAAGAACUUCUGUGAACAGGCCAAGAAGUACAACGUGGAAUUCGCAUGGUCUGAUACCUGCUGUAUCGACAAGAGCAGCAGUACUGAGCUGGACGAGUCGAUUCGCUCCAUGUUCCGGUGGUAUCGUAACUCGGGAAUUUGCAUCGUCCAUUUAGCAAAAAGUACAACCAUCGAGGACAUAUUGCAUGACGAAUGGACAGAAAGGGGCUGGACAUUGCAAGAACUCCUUGCACCCUUCCAUAUCAAGUUCUUCAAUAAACACUGGAAGCCUAUGACGAAUGAUUUAAACGACAAACGAAAGGAAGCAACCACCAAGUUACUGCAGACUCUGGAGAAAGCCACUGGCAUUCCUCAUCGUGAAAUCUACUGGCAGUUCAAUCCAGGUCCGUUCAAGGUGGAUGAGCGGAUGGUAUGGGCAGCCAGACGCAAAACAAUGAGGGUUGAAGAUGUAGCAUAUUCUCUGAUGGGUAUUUUCGAUGUCAGCCUACAAAUCGCAUAUGGAGAAGGAGGGGACCGAGCAUUCUGCAGGCUCAUCGAAGCCAUCAUGCAGGCUGGUGACCAUUCCGUCCUCAAUUGGAAGGGCACAGCUGCAAAACAUCACAGUUCAGAUGUUAUCCCUCGAUCGCCGAGAAGCUUCCUGAACCGUCCAGAGUUGAAGUUGGCUAGUGGCGGGCGACUGGAGAUGACUAUGAACGGUCUCGGCCUACGAAUGCCUCUGGUGAUACUUCCUCUCAGUCUCCCGCCUUCGACAGUGGCUACUGGCACGGGGCGUGCCCGCAUCACAUUCGACUGCCCGUUGUAUCCCAACAUCAAGGUUGACAUCAAUGUUAACAACUCUGUGGGCCACGGCCAGUAUCGAUAUGCGCUUGGGAUCAUCAACUACUCACUUGUCAGGGAUGGAUCAUUGCGUGAGGUUGUGGAAAUGCAGGGCAAGUCGGCCGGAUUCCCGCUCAAGUGCCGGCCAGUAGAUCCGUUCAACACAUCCACUUGUCCACCCAGAGGAACCGGCGUUGUUGGGUUUGGGUUCCAGACUGUACACGUGGAACAGACAUUUGGACCGUGGAAGAAGAUACGUGAGGAGGGCUUGAUUGAGAUCAAUUUUGCAAUCACACCGCGUUUUCACAUUGAGCGUAAAUACCUGGAAACCGUCCACCUGUAGCACUGACCUGUACUCCUAAUACCAUUUAAGUAUCAUAAGGAGAGUUGAACUUGGUACAUGCAAUGAACUCCG